AUGGUGCGGGAACAAAAUCUCAUUUUGACUUACACUUCGAACCCGCAAAUAGCGGACAAACUUAUCGAUGAAUUGGCGGUUCCCUCACCCGUCGGACCAGUGCCCCUGUUCGGGCACCUCCGUGCGGACACUCAAGACUCCUGUUAUGGAGUAGUGACGGUGUGCAGCUCCGACACCGAAGCCACUCUUCGUGAAAGCCUCUACUGGCCUGAAGGCGAAAUCUUACACGUCCGGCGAUUGGGCACCUCCAAUAAGGUGCGUCUCGCCUUUUCCGGCAAGGCGAAGCCCAGGUACGUCUCUUACGACGCCCUGGUGAUCCCGGUGCAGCCGUACAAGAAAACUGUACCAGCCUGCGGUUGGUGCGGUUCCGUUGGGCAUCGGCCCGACAGCUGCCCCGGCCCCAAACCAGACCUCUGCGGCAUGUGCGGAAAAGCGGUGCCGCUCACGGAUGGCGCCCGCGCCCCUUACGAGUGUACGCCCAGGUGCGCUCUAUGUGCCGGACCCCACGUCACCGCGGGCCGGUGCUGUAAGGAGCGCUACAGGACGCCGCCACCCAAAUCACCCACUCCUCCACCGGAGGGUCAAGCCGGCCCCAAGAAGCGAGAACGUCGACGCCCACGGAAACCGAGGAAGACGGGCCCUCGGGCUUCGCUGCAGAGGGCUCAGCCCCCUGCCACCAAACCUACCCCACCCCCGCACCCUGACGCGGGAGCUAUCGGGCCUUCCCUGCGAGGCCAAACUCCGGAUGGACCGGCAACCAGGAAGUCCACUACGAGGCAGGUUUCGCCCGCCUCACCCAAACCGCACCCGCCAUCACCUGAACCCAAACCUACUGCCAAGGGGGAAUCUCUCGUGGGCCACCCGCGUCCGGCAAGGACCCCAGGUGAGUGGCGCGGGCGGGGCAGCCUCUCCGCCCCCACCAUCCAUGAUCCCUAA